AUGAGUACAAUUUUCACAAUAUUUUUUAAGAAACUUGGGGUUGGAUUUUUUUGGUUUUGGGGGGCUCUAGAUAUGAUUAAACAGAUAUUCGGUAAAAUACCUCGCAAACCCUCAAAAUCGUCUCACAGCAAUUCAAACGGUGAAGGAGGGUUCAAUGAUGGCUUCUCACUGAACUUAUCUUCUAAUACCCUCUUGAAAUCCAAUUCAUUUUCUUCAAAAUCUUCGAGUUCUGGUUCAGUUGGGUCUCGUUCUGGGAAUGAGACUAUUGCUCAACACUAUACAAAUCAAGCUAAGAAAUCAGCUCCUGCAUCGGGUUUGAUAAUGACUUCUACAGUUUAUGAUGCUUUGCCUACUUUUAGGGAUGUUCCUAGCUCGGAGAAGCAUAAUCUUUUUAUUAGAAAAUUGAAUAUGUGCUGUGUUGUGUUUGAUUUUAAUGAUCCUGCCAAGCAUCUCAAAGAGAAGGACGUUAAGAGGCAAACUCUACUUGAGCUAGUUGAUUACGUUUCAUCUGUGAAUUCAAAGUUUAACGAGUUAGCGAUGCAGGAGAUGACGAAGAUGGUAGCGACCAAUUUGUUCCGUGCUUUACCUUCUUCCAAUCAUGAUGGGAAGUUGACAGAUAUUAGUGAGCCAGAUGAAGAGGAACCUGUUUUGGAACCGGCGUGGCCUCAUUUGCAGAUUGUCUAUGAAUUUCUCUUUAGAUUUGUGGCUUCACCUGAGACAGAUGCUAAGCUUGCAAAAAGAUACAUUGAUCAUUCGUUUGUGUUGAGGUUGCUAGACCUUUUUGAUUCAGAAGACCAAAGAGAGAGGGAUUACCUGAAGACUAUUCUCCACCGUAUUUAUGGGAAGUUCAUGGUGCAUCGGCCAUUCAUCAGAAAAGCUAUCAACAAUAUCUUUUACCGGUUCAUAUUUGAGACAGAGAAACACAGUGGGAUUGCAGAGUUGCUUGAAAUAUUGGGCAGCAUAAUUAAUGGUUUUGCUUUGCCUUUAAAGGAAGAGCAUAAGUUGUUUCUGGUCCGUGCACUGAUUCCACUUCACAAGCCUAAGUGCGUUUCUCUUUAUCAUCAACAGCUUUCUUAUUGUAUUACUCAGUUUGUUGAGAAGGAUGUCAAGCUAGCUGAUAUUGUGGUUAGAGGCCUUUUGAAAUAUUGGCCGAUAACUAAUAGUGCAAAGGAGGUAAUGUUUCUAGGUGAGUUGGAGGAAGUUUUAGAGGCAACUCAAGCAGCAGAAUUCCAGAGAUGUGUGAUCCCAUUAUUUCGUCGAAUUGGUAGAUGCCUUAAUAGCUUACACUUUCAGGUGGCUGAACGAGCACUGUUUCUGUGGAACAAUGAUCAUAUUCGAAAUUUGAUCUUACAAAACAGCAAGGUGAUACUGCCUAUAAUCUUUCCUUCUUUGGAGAAAAAUAUAAGGGGCCAUUGGAACCAAGCUGUUCAGAGUUUGACCUUGAAUGUCAGAAAAAUAUUCUCUGAUGCUGAUCAGGCACUUUUUGACGAGUGCUUGAUGAGAUUCCAAGAAGAAGAAAUCAAGGAUAGGGAGAAGCAAGAAAAGCGAGCAUCCAUAUGGAAACAAUUGGAAGAUGUUGCUGCAGCUAAUGUCGUAAGCAAUGAGGCCAUCCUUGUCUCAAGGUUUGUGUCCUCUGUUGCAAUCACUACUAGUGGGAAUCAAUUGGCAACUGCAGGUGGUUGA